ACUAACUACCAUGGGCACAGACACCGUCAUCCCAAUCUUCGGACUCGAAACUGUCUCCACCGAAGCUCUAUUGCUGUCAACAGCAGUCGUUGUGUCUCUCUGUUGUUUCUUCUACCGACGAAGUCGGCAAGAACAAUCAGGAGCGCCUCCGUUGGUGCCGUACACAAUACCGUUCGUUGGACAGGCCGUGGAGUUCGGACAGCGUCCCAUUGAGUUACUACUGGAGGCGUACAAGAAGUAUGGGCAUGUGUUUACUCUGACUGUGAUGGGACAAAAGUUGACGUACUUGAUUGGAUCGGAUGCCAGUAGUAUGCUUUUUAAUGCGAAGAAUGAGGAUCUAAAUGCGGAAGAAGUGUACGGACCGAUAAUGACGCCGAUUUUUGGCAAAGGAGUUGCAUACGAUGUGCCACACAUGGUGUUUCUCGAACAGAAAAAGAUGCUGAAAACUGCAUUGACCAUUGCUAAAUUCAAGACGUACGUACCAAUGAUUGAGGAAGAAACGAAAGAGUAUUUCAAACGAUGGGGAGAUAGUGGUGUGCGAGACUUGUUUCAAGCAAUGUCGGAAGUCAUCAUAAUGACAGCAAGCCGUUGUCUUCAAGGGAGAGAAGUGCGAGCUAUGUUGUAUGAAGGCGUGGCCGACAUGUAUCACGACAUGGACGCCGGCCUCACACCCGCUGCAUGGCUACUUCCAGGAUGGCUGCCACUACCAAGCUUUAGGCAAAGAGACAGAGGGCAUCGCAACAUCAAGGAGAUUUUCUACAAGGUUAUUGCUACUCGGAGAAAAAACUUGAGUUGUGGAGAAGAGCUGGACGAUGACAUUUUGACAUUCCUUAUGACAACCGAGUAUCGUGAUGGACGAAAGUUGACUGAUGACGAAAUAGCGGGUCUGCUGAUUGGUCUGCUGAUGGCCGGACAACAUACUUCGUCCACUACUAGCGCGUGGCUCGGUUUCUUUUUGGCUCAGAAUAAAGCAAUACAAGAUGAGUGUUAUGCGGAACAAGUUGAUGUCAGUGGUGAGGACCUGGAGCCUCUGGUGUAUGAACAGUUGAAGGAUUUAUGUGUGCUCGAUGGCUGUGUGAGGGAGACCCUGCGAUUGAGACCGCCGAUUAUGAGCUUGAUGAGAAUGGCUAAGAAGCCAGUGCAUUAUAACGGCUAUACCAUACCUGCUGGCCAUCAAGUUUGCGUAUCACCAACUACCAAUCAACGUCUGGAAAGCGUUUGGCCUAAUGCCAACACAUUCAAUCCGAACAGGUUCAAAGAAGAGAACUACAAAGAGAGUGUAGCUGGAAGUCAAAAGUUUGCGUAUGUACCAUUUGGGGCAGGACGUCAUCGUUGUGUGGGAGAGUUUUUCGCGCACGUUCAGAUGAAGACUGUCUGGUCAGUCUUGUUGCGCAUGUUUGAGUUUGAACUGGUAGACGGUCACUUCCCAUCCGUCAAUUACGCCACCAUGAUCCACACACCGACAAAUGCCAUCAUUAGAUAUCAAGCUCGUCAAAAAUUAGAAUGAAUUUGGAUGGAGAGUAGACUGUGUGGUAUUGUAUUGUAUUGUAUUGUAUUCCUUGUGUGUCAUUAAUAUUGAUGAUAUAUAGACUCUUG